AUGCUUUCCGAAAGCUGUGAGACUCAGGUAACUUUGUGGCAUCUUAAUAUAUUUUUCUACUUUCCAGACAAUCCGAUUCACAUGAAAUUAUCUGGUGACAUACCGCUCAUGAACUCGCCUAAGAAGAAGGAUGUGAUUUGCGACUUCUCAGCUGAUAAGCGCUCAGCCUUUCACGUAAAGUGGUCUAUAAUCUACGACCCAGUGAAGCGUUUGAGUGUUAAGGGUUCGAAGUUGGAAAUCGCCCCUGGAGUAAACCAAGGCAAAGCUCUUGCAAGAUGCUACUUGCUAUACGGGAACCACAUGACAACCUCUAUUGAUUACCACCUGCUGGUUUUACCGCGUCCAUCUGUACGCUUCAAUAUACCCGAAUGCCAUUUAGAAGCCGAUGAAUAUUACCCUUGGUAUUCGGUGUCGGUCACAGAAGGAAAUGAUGUCCUUGAUUUCCUGGACGAACACAUCUCCUGGCCAUUCAGCCACCAGAGACAGCAGGGCGUGUACAUGUGCACAGCUCACCUUGGUGAAACUUACGUUCGUCAGGAGAAAACACAGAACAACCGGAAUUACUCAGAAAUAAUGCUUUAUUACAUCAAUAAUAACUGCAAAACAUUUUGUUUCAUUGUGGCCAAUCAGCUUUCGUUCAUCCAAGAAUACUCCUUGCACAACGAACGGAAGUACGUGAAAUCAUCACAAAACCCGGCUGAACUAUCAUCCAUGGGCAUUCAACGAAUGGACAGCUUGAGUCACCAGAUGAAUGAACCAGAGUUUAUGAAGGAACCAAAGAUUCCUGUGUCAUCUUUGACCCCUGAUCAGAUACACGACGGAGCUGAAAACGAUUCGAAAAAUUUGUGGUACCCUUUGGGUUACGUGGAUCCGGAGACACGCGUUAUUUCUGGUUCGGCUGCGACUUUCAAAUGUAUGGUUAAUGACUGGCGAUUACCAAAGAACACGCCUGUUUCGAUCUGGUGGGAACGUCGUCAGGAUGAGCAUAACCUAUUCCGAUCCAGAAAUGCGUCAUUAUUUUCCGUCAAAUCAACUGACGAAGUGGCGAUCUUCGUCUACGACUGUGUAAUAAUGAGUGGUGAAACGGUGAGGAAGAUCCAGCUGCGCGUACUUAAUGCUAUCAACAUAACGGACACGCUGGAUGGAGUAAACACAGGCGACCCCGUUUUGAAUGUCGGUGACAACAAGCAGUUGGAAUGCGACCUACUCCCAUUUGGUGUUGCUGACGAACUGCAUGGAGUAUGGAGGGCGACUGUGAACGGUGCCGCGGCGGACCUCGUCGAGAUUGACCACACGGCCAAUCGGGCAAAGAUCAGACCCCGAAAUCCGCCGGGCUACUACACGCAUGAAACCUCGUUCGUCGUCAACUGCGUACUACUUGCAUCCAACGACAACGCAACCGUGAUACGACAAUUCAACCGAACUGUCACAGUGACCAGUAAGCGCCAGUUCGUUUCGAAACCGUACACUCAUAUUCACACACCCACACAACCAAACAAAAACAAGCACGCGCGCACGCACACCGGUUACCCGUUACCUUNUAGGACAGUUCAACCGAACCGUCACUGUGGACAAAACGCUUUUAAGAGGAGUUUUUCUUUCUCCUUUUCAGAAACGAUUUCUGCCUCGCCCACUCCAACAUGGAUCCCAGUUGAAACACCCGGUUGGUCUCAUCAGGAUGUGAGCUAUGUGAAAUUUAUGCCACGUCCAAAGUUCCGUCUAUGGUGGAUUCCAGUGAUGCUCGUAUGGUUCCUCGUUCUGGUAGCUACCGUCUUCCUGAUUGGACAACUAUGUGGUUCACAGAGAGACUGGGACUUCAUGCGUGCAGACAUACAAAACAUAGUUCACAAUGUGCAGACUGCAUCAUUGGUCACAUGGAAUCCAACAAAGCCGGUACCACCCAUGCCCGUUCCCCCACCCGGUUUGCUGAAUUCUCUCACUCUCCAACGGGAUCUGUUCACCCCAGAGACGUAUACAGCCCUACAAUCAACCAUUCGCAUGUAUCAAGACUUCUCCGAUAUGUCUGCCCUCUGGCGGCAACUGUGGCUUGCAGAGGAUCGCGAAAACCUGAUCGCCUCGUCAGAACUAUUUAUUGAACAUCUUCGGGCACACAUGGAGGAAAAUUCCACUGAGGAAGGCGAAACUUUCAUGCAGCGGAUGGAAACAUGGUAUGCAGAAAUGCAGUCAAAUCUCGGCGUCACAGAAGCAAACUAAAUGGGAAGAAAACAAGGCGGUAUUGAAAUUUAUUUGCCUAUUAACUCACUAACUUACAAAGUUGUUAUUGUUCCUAGUUGCGUUGCAUGUACAAGUUGUUGUCCGUUUGAGGUUGCUUGCAAUUUGAAAA